AUGCCGUAUUGCCUUCCCCGUCACUUUGAAAUUAUGUUGUUUACUAGGCGAUGGAGGAUGUUACUUCGACUCGAGCGAAUGCUGGCUCGGUGGUGGGAGAAGUGUUCAGCGUCAGCGGAGCCAUUCAGCAUGGCUCGCUACUUUAUCUCUGGUACAACCAAGCGAUUUUGCACAGACCAGGAUGCCUGCGGAUUUACAAUGCGUUUGUUAUUUUUUGGUGUGAAUAUAAUGGUUUGCACGGUUGAUUGUAUACGCCACUUUUAAUAGAACAGUCGCAGCGAGCAUGCACUAGGCUGCAUAUGUUUACCCUGAUGAACAAAAUUAAAAACGUAGUCCCGUUGUCGAAUGGCGAGAUCUUUCUGCGCCUACAUUGCUGAAGUGUAGAUACCCCGUGUUACAAACUGUAUCACUUUGCAUUCGUAUUCCCCGAUAGCCAUUUUCACAAAAGCAAAUGUUAGAAGUGGUUUGAUAGAAGUCAGAAACAAUGGUUGAACGCACACAACUAACUUGGAUAGACAUUCAUUUCAGCAAACUGAAUCAUCUAGAUAGAAUAGGCUGCUGGUAGGCUAUAAUUCUAUUCAUGCGUAAAACUUGUCAAAUGUGCUGUAGCCUUCUAGAGUAGACAAAUAAUUUGAAUUGAACCUAGUUCUAGUUUCUUUCCACCGAGUCCGUGGAUGUGGUGACGUGAACGUUUAUUGUCAACAAUACGGCAAGGGUUAAACCUCAGCCAGGAUCAUAUUAUGGCAAGGGAGGGCAGGCGGUUCGGCUGUGGGAGGCGCCUCGGGGUAACUGACGUGAAAGGCAUCUGUGUGUCUGAUUAGUCAACACAGAACAGGGCGUCCGCCUGUGAUACAAAACCAACGCAUCAGUAAAUUGAUACGAAACAGUUUGGACUCGGUGUACAAGGAUGUAGCACGUAUAUACCCAUAAUGACGGGAGUAGUUUGAUUUAAACGCGGACGCCUUCAAAUUGUUGUUCAAUAUAAUAGCAUUUAUAGGCGGCGACAUCCAUUCGUGGAGUACAGACACUGAAGUCAGCAAUCUGCAGCGCGCCUUGGGAAUUAUAGGGAUGUUCCGAUGAACACUGGCACAUUUGUUUGGCAAUGAGGAGCCGCGGAGUCAGUCUGGUGCGCGCAUCCAGAGGGGAUGCUCUGGAAAUGGAAACAUACAAACCGUUUUUGGACUUAUUUUCCAAGAGGGAUAAAUGAUGUUCUGUGCAUUUAUUCGGGGUUAGUAGCUGCUUUGAGGGAUGUUUGAAAGCUCCAUGUCCUCACUGAUGCGAGGAGGAGCAGAUACAGUGUGUAUGCUUGCUUGGAGAACCAUUUUACAUUAAAUUGAAAUAUCGAUUUUGGAAGUCAAUUAAUUUGACGCACGUGUGGAUACAUUUGCUGAUGCCAGCAUCUCCAGAUUGCCUGUAUGGCCGGAUCAUGAAGUUUCUGACGUUUUUUCUCUUGCUUCCAGAGACCUUAAAACGGACUAGAAAGAGUGGUAAACAGACGGGAAAGCUGCCAGUAUGCUAUGAGAUCGUGACUUUGUCCUUGAAGAAGAAGAUGGCUGCAGAACUGUACCCUGCAAGCAUAAACACCAACAUCCCGAACAGCAACGGCACCGCAGUCACUGCUGCCAGUAAGAAGACUAUCGUUGAAGUGACCGAGCCUGUAACCACACCGACCACCACCACCACUCAGCAAAAUAUCAAUAACAACAACGUUGAGACCGCUAGUUGGCAGUCAACUCACCCGACACUGCGAGAAAGGAAUGCUUUGAUGUUCAACAACGAACUCAUGGCAGAUGUUCAUUUCAUUGUUGGUCCCCCCGGUGAAUCCCAGCGAGUUCCAGCGCACAAGUAUGUUUUGGCAGUGGGCAGCUCGGUUUUCGGUGCUAUGUUCUAUGGCGACCUGGCGGAAGGGGAGUCUGAAAUCCACAUACCAGAUGUGGAACCUGCUGCUUUUUUAAUUCUCUUAAAGUACAUGUACAGCGACGAGAUUGAGCUGGAGGCGGAUACGGUGCUGGCCACCCUGUACGCCGCCAAGAAGUACAUAGUGCCUGCGCUGGCCAAGGCCUGCGUCACCUUCCUGGAGACCAGCCUGGAGGCCAAGAACGCCUGCGUGCUGCUCUCGCAGAGCCGCCUGUUCGAGGAGCCCGAGCUGACGCAGCGCUGCUGGGAAGUGAUCGACGCGCAGGCCGAGCUGGCGCUGCGCUCCGAGGGCUUCUGCGAGAUCGACCUGCAGACGCUGGAGAUCAUCCUGCGGCGGGAAACGCUCAACACGCGCGAGGCCGUCGUGUUCCAGGCCGUGCUGGAGUGGGCAGUGGCCGAGUGCAAGCGGCAGGGCCUGGGCCCCACGGCGCGUAACAAGCGCUCGGUGCUGGGCAAGGCGCUGUACCUGGUGCGCGUGCCCACCAUGACGCUGGAGGAGUUUGCGGACGGUGCGGCGCAGUCUGACGUGCUGACGCUGGAGGAGACGCACGACAUCUUCCUGUGGUACACGGCGGCCAACAAGCCCAAGCUGGAGUUCCCGCUGGCGCAGCGGAAAGGCCUGGCGCCGCAGCGCUGCCACCGCUUCCAGUCGUCGGCCUACCGCAGCAACCAGUGGCGCUACCGCGGCCGCUGCGACAGCAUCCAGUUCGCGGUGGACAAGCGGGUGUUCGUCGCCGGGCUCGGGCUGUACGGCUCCAGCGGCGGCAAGGCCGAGUACAGCGUCAAGAUCGAACUCAAGCGACAAGGGCUGACUUUGGCCCAGAACCUGACUAAGUUUGUGUCGGACGGCUCCAGCAGCACCUUCUCGGUGUGGUUCGAGCACCCGGUGCAGGUGGAGCAGGACGCCUUCUACACGGUGAGCGCCGUGCUGGACGGCAGCGAGCUUAGCUACUUCGGCCAGGAGGGCAUGACCGAGGUGCAGUGCGGCAAGGUCACCUUCCAGUUCCAGUGCUCCUCGGACAGUACCAACGGGACGGGGGUGCAGGGCGGACAGAUCCCGGAGCUGGUCUUCUACGCAUGAGGAGCAGUGUGUGCGGGUGGGUUGGUGGGUGGCAGGAUGGGUACGGGCAGGGCUCUAAAUUAACACCACCAGCCAAUCGGCCAAAUGUUGGUGAAAUUUCAGUUUGGCUGGUAGAAAAUGCCAACUUACCAGCCACUUUAACCCUCUAGUCAGUGUAUAUUUGGCUAGUAAGAUGAACACCAACUAGCCAAUUUGGCUCAUGAAGAAAAAAAAAGUUAAUUCAGAGCCCUGGAUGGGAUGUUAAGGGGGGGAGGCCAAAGGUGGACACACUAGAUUGAGGAAGUAACAAGUCCUGCCAUGUAUUGGUGUUGGCUGCACUUGUAACGUGGGUGAUUUCACUAACUGGCUUAUCUACCUGGGUAAGACAUGGUGGGUUGUUGGUAAGGAUCAGUCGGUUCAGCCAAUACCCUGGAGCAAAUAUGUGGCAGAACUUUUACUUUCUGAACCCCAGGAUGUCCAUCUCUGGGUAAGAGGACGAGGACUUUGGUGAUGUUGGGUUUAUGUUCAUUCAAAAGUGCAUUCCACCCCUGAAAGGAGGAUUUUUUUUUAGGGGGUUAGCCAAGAACUGGGGGUGCGUUAUGUUGGGACCUUGAAAAAAGGGGUUAUUGCCUUCUUUUACUAUGUAGCCGUGGAAAUUACUUUCCAGGAAGUCUGUUUAGUCUGUUGAAAGACUGCUGUCUUGAGGAUUUUUUGAGUGAAGGAGUGCGCUUCAGUUUUAUUUAUUUAAAAUAUAUAUAUUUGACUUAAUUAUUGAUGCUGCAUUGUGCAGACUUUAUAUAUAAAAAUAAAUAAAUAUAUAUAUCUAUAUAUACAUACAACCCGAGAAUUAGAUGUAAUGCACUUCUAGUGGAGAGCAACCACUAGCGUGUUUUUUGUUUUUGUUUUUGUUUUGUUUUGUUUUUUGUACAUAAGUUGAGGCUGACUUGUUUACAGCUUGAGGCUGGCUGGCAAAUGGAAAGUCUUGUAUUAGUGUGCAGCUUCAUAAACUGCAAGAUCAUAAAGUUCUUCUUUUGUGACUCAAACUUCAGGUAUUUUGAGUAAAUUAUUCCUCCAUCACAUGUUUACGUUACAGAACAAGCGUGACACGGCAUCUGUUGACUGCAUGACCACUGUCACUGACAUAGAAAAUGAUACUCAACACCAAUACAGAACCGCACUAAACACCAACAGAACACUCCAAACUCAGUAUUCCAGAACACGCUCACUGACAAUAAGGCCGGAAGAUACCAAACCUAACCAUUUGUAUAUUGUAUGGUUUCUUUGCUAUGUUACAGUACAAAUAUCACCCAGCCAUCCAAAUAUUUUAUUUUGAGAUAAGGUAGGCUAACAUAUGGCAGGCCUCAAAUGUGUGGCCUUUGAUUAAUUAACCCAUUUUAGCCUGGAGACACAUAUACACUGCAUUCAGGCUCUGGGAUUUGAGGAGGUUUUCUGUUAUAUGUGGGUAUGUUAAAGCUGAAUGAACACAUUAUAAUGCAAAAGGAUAGUCCUAGCUUUUAAAUGCAACUUAUUUCAUGUUUGUAUGUCCUUCAGAGGCUGAGAUAUUUAGGAUUUAAUAGGCAGAGGGCACCCUUUCCCAAAAAGGGUUUAGGCCAAAAUGGGUGAAGUCACAUCUGUUGAAAGAGUUCGGAAGACAAACUAUGAUGUCCCUUUGUACUCUUAGCUACGAGCUUCCUGGUCCACCUCUGUCUCCAAAUGCUCAGAGGCACAAAUGAGACGGGAAGCAGCAGCAGACCCGACGGUGGUGGUGCUUGAAUUCAGUAUCAGCGACAGUAGCACGGACCAAGGUGCCGCACCGUGCCGUGCUGCAGUGUUGCUGGCUGCCUGUCUGAUGCCGGCUUUUCUUUUCUUGGCCGACUGACACAAAGCACCUGGCAGCAGCCUGUGAAAGUGACAGAUUUCCAUUGCAAAGGGGGAGGCAGGCCAACAGGCCGGCAGGCUGUGGGGACGUGGGGAAGGGGGGAGCAGGCUGCAGUGGGAAACCUGCUGCUUUGUGAACCCUGUAAGCCGGUUCCCAAACUCUUUUCCUUGCGCACCCCCUUGUACAUUUUAAUGUGCUUCGUGCAACCCCUAAGAGAAUGUUUUGGUGUGCUGAUGGCCAACCAAAUAUGGGUUCACUGCACAAAUCAUUGCAUAUUAUGCAGAGUCAUUUGGGGGGUCUUCAUUUCCAAUAGACUUGAUGUUUCUUCAAGCAUACAAUUCACCAUACAAUUUAAAAAACAACUUAAUUUUCAUUAAUGCUGUAUAAAAACUCACAUAUAUGCCAUUGCUCAAUCAGCUUGUGCAUCCCCAGGGGUGUACGCACCCCAGUUUGGGAAACCCUGUAAGGAGAAGA